AUGGAUAGCACGGAUUCUUUAUGUCUUCCCACUUCGAUGCGAGCGCUAGUGUAUGAGGACAUAGAGUACAGUGCGCCUCGAAAGUUCAGCAUCAUUGAGAAGGCCCUUCCAAAAGUUCGGGAGCAAGAUGUCUUGGUUAAGGUCAAAGCCUCUGGAGUGUGUGGUACCGAUCUGCACAUCCAUGAUGGUGAAUUUGGAGCUCAAUUUCCUCUUGUACCUGGUCAUGAGACUGUGGGUGUAGUCGCAGCAUUUGGCAGCGGGGUUCAGGGCUUCAAGGUUGGAGAUCGCGUGGUGGCAGACAACUCCGAGUUAUGUGGACACUGCUACUACUGCCGUCGGGGAAAGGAACUCUUCUGCGACAACUUCAUUGCCCAUGGUGUUAUGGUCGACGGAGGUUUUGCAGAAUAUGCUUCAUACCCGGCAAACCGCGUGUUUAAGUUCAAGAAUCUGUCUAAUGUGAAUGCGACGCUGUUGGAACCUGCGGCCUGUGCGGCACAUGGACUGGACAAGAUCGCCCCUCGGAUGGGAUCAAGAGUGCUUUUAUUCGGUGCGGGCCCGACAGGACUGAUAUUGGCUCAACUUCUUCGCCAAAAUGGCGGAUGUCACACUGUGAUUGCUGCACCGGACGGCUUGAAGAUGGAGCUUGCCAAGUCUCUUGACGCGGCCGAUGAGUAUGUGGAGCUUCCACGUGAGGCACAAGCUGCGGCCGUUAGGAUGGAAAAGCUUCGAACGGAUAAUCCAUAUGGGUUCGACAUUGUUGUGGAAGCUACUGGAAGUGCGAAGAUUCUGGAAAACGCCAUCCACUUUGUAAGUAAGGGUGGUAAGUUGGUAGUAUACGGUGUUUACGGCGAUAAAGACCGUGUUUCACUGUCGCCGAACGUGAUUUUCAAGGAGGAGAUCAAUGUGCUAGGUUCAUUUAGCCAGACCUAUAAAUUUCCGGCUGCUAUCGAUUAUCUUGAAGGGAAGCGGAUCAAGGUUGAUGGGAUUGUGAACAAGACAUUCAAGCUGGAGGAUUGGCAGGCGUGCCUCGAUGCAGUGAAGAAUAAGUCGGUAGUUAAAGCCGCAAUCGUAUUCGACUAG